GGCAACUUGAUUUGCUAUCGCCGGUCAAUAUGCCCAGGCAUCGACACCCCCUCUUCGCUGUCUAUGGUCCUCACCAACUGCAUAUGCCAGGUUCAAGACGCAUGGUCUACGUCGCCAGGAGGUCCGACCACGGUCUUCCCAUGCUUGCCCUUGUAUGAUCACCCGGCCAUGCUCACAAACAAUAACAACAAGGAGCGACACCAUCAAGACAAUGAGGCUCUUAUUGUUGUGCGCCUCGGCAGGACUAGUAGGCCUAGCACAAUGCGCUGUCACCUUCAGAUUGGCCCAACUGGACCCGCCAAAGCCUCGAUCUGCGCUCGAGCCGAACGCUCUCGUUAUCCGCGACAGACUCAGAGCGCUCAGCCUCUCACAGAUCGGCUUAUAUGCCCAAGUUGAGCAGCUUCCAAUGCCAGCAGGUAUGGCACAGAUGCAGCUCGAGCAGCCUAGGCCGCCACCCUCUGCACCUCAGAAGCAAACCACUCAAAACGCGACCCAGCAGUCCUCGCCACCCUCGUCUCAGCAGCAGACAUCGCCGCCCCCGCCGCCGAGCAUGCAGCAGCAGCUACCUUACUAUAUGUCCACGAGCACAAAGACGACAACAUUCAACGGCAUCAGCAAGACCACAACGACCACGAUCACACGGCCCGCAAACGCCUCGCUGUCCGCGAACCAGCUGCCUAUACCCCCGACUCUUCAGCUUCCGCCUCAGCCCAAGCUACAGCUACCGCCCCAGCCAAAAUUGCAGAUGCCUGCUCAGCCCGGUCAGCUACAGCCGCAGAGCCUGCCCGCCAUGCCUCAGCUGCUGAACCAGCGCGAUGUUAUGAAUCACACCUCACGCGCGGCUGCAACAUCGCCCGCCGUUAAUUUGAUCUCAAGCUACGCGCUCGACGUCGUCAUCGGCACGCCCGGCACACUACACCGGCUCGUGCUCGAUACUGGCAGUGCGAUGACGGUCCUCGAUCCCCAGCGCCGAGACUUUCGAACAAAUAGCUCGAGACACAGACCAGAGUCUUUCGCAACGCAGUACGGCUCAGCCUUCGCUUCCGGACCUGUCUAUGAGGAUAAAUUGACCCUUGGCCCACUGGUCGCGGAAGAUACACCCCUGGGAAUCGGUACGACUUUCAACGGCCUCCCAGACGGCGUAGAAGGCAUCCUCGGGCUAGGAGGCCGCAGUCUGAUGCAAGGCAGUCUCUUUCCGAAUGUCACCCAGACCCUGCCAACGGUAACGGAACGGCUUUUUGACUCGGGCGCUACAAAGGAUAUGGUCGUCGGCAUCUCUCUCGCAAGGACCGGCGGCAAAAUUACGUUCGGCAGUAUUGAUCACGCCUCUAUAAGAGACCAGAGCGAGAUCACAUACACGAAUCUGGUCAGUGAAGGCAAAGCCGCCCGUCAUUUUGCUGUUGAAGCCACCGUUCGCGCGAAUGGCAAAGUGCUCGGCUCUGGCCCCUGCUUGAUUGAUACUGGGUCCACGCUCUUUAUGGGCAGCGAUCAGUUCAUGGCGAGAUAUCUAGAGACCAUAGAGGCUAGCGGUGCUCGACUCGAUCCAGGCACUGGCCUGAUCAACUUUGCAAAGCUCAACGACAUGCCGGAUCUUCAGAUCGAUUUGGGCUCAGCUACACUCGUCCUUGCGCCCAAGGAGCAAGUGUUCAGUCGCGAGGAAAUGGCGGCGCUUGGUCUUGAAAGCGCAUCGAACGCGUCCCUCGGCAUCGUCUCGUCUCUCGGUCCGCUCAAAGACGCUGGUUUCGAAUUUGUGCUCGGCCUCAAGGUUCUUCAGCAAUACUAUACCGUCUUUGACAGUACCAACAGACGAGUCGGCUGGGCAGAGACAACGCAGACCAUCGGCGGCAUCCGCCAGCGAGAUCGAUCGGUAUCUGUCAAGCUCGCAACUUUUAACGAGGCCGUGAUGUUCGGAUCUUCGUCGAGGUCACGCAUCAGUCUGGCGUUCAUCUUGGCGGGCUUAGUCUUCACUUCAAUGUAGUUUGAGGUCAUGCAUUAGUGCCAAUAACGGAAUAUACAGGUGCCGUAUCAAUGUCCAUCGCGUGUAGCUCGCGCAUGUCUCAGCAGGUCUGCAGGUCAGACACAUGAGCGAGAGUACGGAGUGAGAUCGAUGACUUACGCCAUUCCUGCUAUUGACGGGCUUGGUAUAGCCUGCCUGUGCCCAGGUCGUCCUGUUGACGUUGUCGUAGGCUUCAAGAUGGCUGUUGAUGUAUGCUGUCGUGGGAUAGUCGGGUGGAUCGCAACCGACAUUAUAGCUGUCUGUCCGUUGAUAU